AUGGUUUCUUCGCGGCGCGCUGCUGCGAGUACUACCGCAGUGGGGACUCCAUCUCGUCCGGUCCGCAGUAACAGACGUCAAAUCACAUCAUACAACGACGAUUCAUCAUCGGCUUCCCCUUCAUCUGAGAGCGAGCAGAACGAGCACCACGACGCAGAGGACAAUACCUCAGCCGCCACAUGGAGACGCUCUUCGACUAACCGACGUAGCACCCGCACCCAAUCUGUUGCGUCUGCUUCAAGUAGCCGACCUCAACGCACAGUGUCCAAGCCAAGAACAUAUCAAGAACCCUCCUCGGAUGAGGACUUGGACAGCGUGAUUGCUCGCUACCCGGAAAUGGUCACUCCUUCUAACAAGGGUUCGCAAGCUGCGCCUCGACCCCCUCGUACUAGUGCUCGGCAACGGCAGCAGCAGGCGGAGGCCUCUCCCAGCAAGAGAAAGCGGACUCCCGUGCAAUCGCCUCGCAAGCGUCGACAUGCCGAGUCCACGAUGGAGGUCAACGAGUCGGCUCCUCCUUGGCAAAAUCUGCCCUAUCAGGUGCUUUUGAGUAUUUUCAUGUAUGCUUUUCCUCCAUUGUCGGACACCAGGCAGGGCAUCGAAACCGAAUCGGGGAAUAGCAAGAAGUUGUUAGACAUCGCUCUGCUCUGUCGUGCCUUUGCAGAACCAGCACUGAGUGCCUUGUAUCACACGCUCGUGCUCAUGGGAUCUCUCAAAGCGCAUAGAAUCUUGUUCCUCUUGUCACAGCCGACCGAGAGUCUCUCCGUAAAUUAUCCUACCAAGGUGCAAGAAGUUCUUAUCGAUGUCCGCUUGACUUUGGUGUACAAGGCAGGGCCAACGUACGGCUACUUUGACAUCUGUAAGCUCAUUCAAAAAGUCCCGCAUGUCAAGACCUUUCGUCUGUUCGAUUCAAAUGAUGGAAAACAGCCUCUGUGGGCAGAUCGUACUCCCAGGUGGACUUAUACUGCAGAAAUGUUUGAGACUUUGAAAGCAAGCAAUCUUCGCUUACACACCUUUGAUUGGAACUCCCGAUACAUGGAAACAAGGGACUUGAUUGAUACCAUGUUGUUGCGUCACUCCGACUCUACAUUCCAGGGUAUUCGCAACCUGAACAUCUUUCACAUCCAUUCCGAUGAGGUUGUUCCCCCAAGAGAAGAUGGUAAACCUGAUGAUCAGAUUAUUGAGAAAGGACUAGGCGAAGCAUUGUGCCGACUUCCAGAUCUACGGUCUGUGAGCUUCACUGAUUGUGGAGCCGUAAAUGAGGUGCUGUUCGCUGCAAUGCCGUCGACAUUAAGGUCACUCACUCUUGACAACUGUGACGAGGUGGGCACAGUAGCGUUUGUGGCCUUCUUGAACGAUCGUGGAUCUUGUUUGCGGCAGCUCGUGCUCAAACACAAUCGACAUCUCAACAUGUCUUUCAUGACUGUUCUGAAAGAUGCAUGUCCGAACCUUCAAAGGCUCUCCGCCGAUUUCAUCAUGCACAACUGGCCGCCCCACUACAAUGGUAUGCCUCACUUCAAGAAUCUUUUGAAACCUGGCGAGGUUCCCACUUGGCCUCGAGCACUUCAGGAGAUUGAACUUUCGCGUCUACGUCAAUUGGACCAACCCCGGGCUGCAACAUUUUUAACUUCCCUGGUUGAUGCUGCUCCGGACCUUCCGGACUUGCGAAGAAUCGACAUCAGUGCAGCAGUGCAGGCCGAAUGGCAAGACAGGGCUUCAUUCCGGCAGUACUGGGAUCGUAAACUUCGACGAACUUUUCUCCGUAAAGACGCAGCUGUCAACACGGAUAUAGCGGCGGAUCUGGCUUCUCCAGAGACGACAAACCAACGACACUCACACCGUCACAGCGCUCGCAUAGCAAGACAGCGACUUGCGGGUGUUGAUGAUGACGAAGUUGACGACUCUGAAGAGAUUGAUCAUGAUGAUAGCGGCGACGACGACACAGAAAGAAACAAGGCAGGGUCUGCAAACGACUAUGUUCAAGGAUUGUGUGAUGUAGUGACUUUCACCAUCGACAACCUGCGUCCGACCGAGAAUCAGUACAGCGAAGGCGACUUUCUCGACUCUGAGCAGAGCGGUGAUGAGGAUUGGGAGGGGGAAGACUGGGAGCCGGACAAUGACAGACACGCGUGGUGA